AUGACUGUUGGUAACGUAGCAGUGAGAAGGCCGCGCCGCCAGUGGGAGGCUGGGACCGUGGCUAGCGAGUGCGAGGAGCGCCCGGCGCCGGCGCCGCCCCCGCCCCCGCAGCCGCUGUGCGCGGCGGCGGCCGCGAGGCUCCACGGCGGCUGGCGGCGGCCCCCGGCUAGCGGCCAGCCCUCCGCCCCCAGCGCCACGGCCAAGCUGCAGCUCUGCCUGCGGCCGCCCGCCGGGGGCGGCGGGGGCGGCGGCGGCGGAUUCGGCCAGCGCGUCGCGGACCUGCCCGGCGGGCCCCCGCCGCCCGAAGACGGCGCCUUCCUGGCGACGCCGCUCAAGCCGGGCCCCGGCGCAAGCCCCGCGGGGGCGGCGUCGGCGUCGGCGGCGACUCAGGCGCGCGUGCAGCGGCGGCGCGGAGGCCUGGGGCGAGACGUGCGCGGCAGCCCCCGCCUCGGCGGCCGGGAUCCCGCGCCCUGCCCCCGCGCCGCCCCCGCCGCCCCUCGCAUCGCGCCCACCGCUGCCGCCGCCGCCGCCGCCCACGCCACGCACGCCCCCGCGCAGUCUCCGCCGCCCGACAGCGAGCAGGGGGAUCCGCCUCCCAGGAAGGUGCGCCGGCCCUUCUACCGGCGCUUCCUCAGCUACGUAAAGCAGGCGUGGACCGGCGUCAAAUUCGCUCUAGACCCUGAGCUGGAGGACCUGGAGACGCCGCCACGCUACCGGCCGGACAGCCUGGAGGCGCUGUGCAAGGCGACGCGCUUCACCGAGGACGAGCUGAAGCGCAUCUACCGCGGCUUCAAGGCCGAGUGCCCCACCGGCGUCGUGCGCGAGGACACCUUCAAGGGCAUCUACUCGCGCUUCUUCCCACAGGGCGCGAACGCCGGCCACUACGCCCACUACGUGUUCAACACGCUGGACCAGGACCACAGCGGCCUGCUCAGCUUCGAGGACUUCGUGGUGGGGCUGAGCAUCCUGUCGCGCGGCACGCUGGACGAGAAGCUGCGCUGGACGUUCUCGCUGUACGACAUCAACGGCGACGGCUGCAUCACGCGCGACGAGAUGACCGACAUCGUCACCGCCAUCUACGAGCUGACGGGGCGCCUGGUCGAGCCCUCGGCCGACGACGCCACCGUCAACGACAAGGUCGAGCGCAUCUUCCAGAAGAUGGACGCCAACAAGGACGGCGUGGUGACGCUGGAGGAGUUCCUGGACUGCUGCUCGCGAGACGAGGACAUCUCCCGCUCGAUGGCGGUCUUCGAUUCGGCCUUCUGAUCGCCACCGCCGCCAGCGAGAUUCGCAACCACCGCGGCUGCAGCACCUCAUCCCGGACUCCGAAGAACCGGCUUUUUCUUUUGGCUCUGAGAGGCGCCUCUGUUCAGAAAUAUAGCAGCCCCAUAGAUUCGGAAUGGAACGUAACGUUUUGAACGAGACGGGGAUAUAUUUUCUUUGUCGUAUUCUACAGGCACGAUGGGAGCGACAGUCUCACUUGCACUAAACAGUUGUCGUAAUUCGGACCUGCUGCUUACUUUUUACUGAUUAUCGCUCACUUUUAUGUUGUUCCUACUUGGUGUACCAAAUUACAGUAUUCUUUUGUUUUGCAAAAUUGCUCCUAUGAACUCUAAGUUCAUCCUGCUUUUGUGUAACUUGUAGGCACCAAACUGAACUCUCCUCAGAUACAUAUUUAGAUUAUAAACGAUAAAAAUAUGUCAUUUCGCGACGCAGACAUCCUCAUAUCAAUACAUUUGUCUAACUGUUCCACCAAAUUUUUUAUUUCGUCGCAAACAAUUGUUUUCGCUUGUGGUCAGAGAAGAAGUGCACCCCAGCUCGUAAUUUUCGCACGUAGCUUUGGUCCCAUGAAACAGUUCUAGGAAGAAGUCUCUUUCAGUGUUACUUAGCGUCAGGAUGGUUUCGAAGCCCCACA